AACAUUACUUAUUAAUUCUGAAAAAUUCUGAAAUAUGUUAUUCGAACUUAACAAGAUAGAAAGCACCAAAAAUUUUAUGACCAUGUAUUUUAAUUAAUACCUCACUUAAUUCAAAAAGCUUAAGAACCUCCGGUAGCUCGCAAUUGUAGAGAAUCGAAGAAGAAGACGAUGAUGAUGCGAACAAGGUUGGUAUGGUUCACAUUUGGUUUCGCUUCAGCUUCAGCUACAAUUACACACUUCAUAUUUAAAGAUCUAUGGGCUGAUCGACUUUCUCUUUCUUCCCAAAUGAAGGAGAAAUUUGGCGUCUUGGAGACUAGGGUUUCCAAUCUUGAAUCAGCGCUUCAUGAUACUCCCAAUACUCAGCAGGAUGAAGAGAACCAACCAUAGCACCAUUGGCAGAUUGUUUCUUCAGCAUGGCUGGAUACUGUUUCUUGAUUAUGUAUCUUCGUGAUGUCUGAUAUCAACAGACGAUCUGCAAAUAGGGAAAAUGAAAUUUUUAUAUUUUUCGUUGGUGGUGCAAAUUGUACUCUCGCAUACUUUGUAAUUCAGUUGUUAUCAGAAUGUUAACCCCUCUCUUCCCUCCCAACCCAAAUUACCACCACUACCUACCCAAAAAAUGUAGCAGCUCUGAUCGGUUGCUCUGGGGGUGUUCCCUCAAGUUUAACAAGAUUGUUAUACCUUUCA